AUGACAGCUUCCGGCAAAAUCAUCGGUCUACGAGUCCUCACAUUGCAAGCAGCGGGCAUGGGUUCACCCUGGCAGCCACCACCUUAUGCAGCCGAGGGUGUCACUUGCGUCCCUCUCACGCUCGGCAAGGCGUUGUACAGAGUAGCAGCAGAACUAACCCUACCAGCCUCUGCUGGGUCUUGCCAGAAAUACCCCUGUAUCGUAUUCAUCGGCGGCUCCGGCCCCAUGGACAAAGACUCCACCAUUGGCGCCCUGAAACCAUUCAAGGACAUGGCUCUUGGUCUCUCAAGUCGCGGUAUUGCGUCUUGCCGGUUCGACAAGUUUACAUGCACGCUUGCUGGGAGAUUCCUCACGCGCAACACAACAGCCUCGCUUACAGAUGAAUACAUCUAUCAUGUCAGGCAUGCUAUCCGCAAGGUCCGUCAACAUCCUAACGUCGAUCACGGCAAGAUAUUCCUCCUGGGCCAUAGUUUGGGCGGGUUAAUCGCUGCUCGCCUUGCAACAGCUGAGCCCUCAGUAGCAGGCUGUGUUCUUAUGGCGUGUCCGGCGCAACCGCUGUACAGGUGUGCUAUUCAACAACUGCGGUAUUUCAAGGGUCUCGACGAGUGUGGUGGCCAACCUUCCAGCGAUGAGCUAAGUAAUACAAUUGAGACAAUUAAGGUGCUGGAAAAACAAGCAGAGCUUGCAGAUGAUCCAUCUUUGACCCCAUCAACACCAGCAAGCCAACUACCAUUUGGUCUCGGCCCUGCAUAUUGGCUUGAAUAUCGUGAAUUCGAUCCAAUUCAGUCCCUGCAGAGAUCAGAGUGUCCUGUCUUGGUUCUGCAGGGUGCACGGGAUUAUCAGGCUACCGUCAACGAGGACUAUGCGGCGUUCUAUGCAAAGUUCCAGGAUCGUCAGAAUGUCCACUUUAGGCUGUAUGAGAAGUUAAAUCACUUGUUUGUACCGGGGGAGGGGAAGUGUACUCCGGCCGAGUAUGAUAUUGGAGGAAGUGUGCAUAUGGCUGCUGUGGAUGAUAUCGAGCGAUGGGUUAAGAGCUGUUGA